AUGGCGCGGGUUCCGUGGACGCUGCUCCUCUUAUGCAUCACCGUGUACAGCCCUCUACGUGCGCACAUCACCCGCCCCGGCAUGAAAGUGGGCGUCAUCGGCAUUGGCGGGCUGGGCCAUCUCGCUUUACAGAUCGCGCGGGCCAUGGGGGCACACGUGACUGCCUUCUCCACCUCGCCCAGCAAGGAGGAGGAGGCCAAGAGAAUGGGCGCGCAGCAGUUUGUGGUGUAUGACGCCCAGGCUGCGCCAGGAAAGGGACAUCCAGAGGUGCCCAAGAGCGCGCACGUGGAUGUGCUGGUGAACUGCGCGCCUGUGCUACCUCCUCAAGGCGAUUACAGGAACUUCAUGAGCCUCCUGGGGCCCGAUGGCACACUUCUCCUGACCGGGAUUCCACCAGAUGCUGUCGGGCAGGUGGGCCUGCUGGAUCUGAUUUUCGGGCAGAAAAAACUUGCAGGAUCGGUGGUGGGCGGGCGGAUGCUGUUGAAAGAAAUGUUUGACUUCUGCGCUGCUAACAGCAUCAAGCCCGUGACUGUGGGUGUGGGGGGGAGAGUGUUGGUGGGUGUGAGUAGCAUUGUUCGUGUGAACAGAGCUGCUUGUGCAGACCCGCCCGCUGUUGCAGCUGAACGAGGCUAUGGAUUAGGUGGAAGCUAUUCCUCGCUCACAAACUCACCAUCCCUCCCAUCAUUGCCGCUCACCUACCUUUCAUCUCUCUCCCUCUCCCCUCCCUCUUACCACUUGUUACAGACGCGUCCACUGUCGCAGCUGAACGAGGCAAUGGACGCCGUUUUGGCCAACAAGGUCCGCUACCGUGUUGUGCUGCUGACCGAUGCUGAGUAG